AGGUCGUUCGUCGCGCAGCCACGAAACAGUAAACGAACCAUUCGAACUUUCACAUUUUCAUUUCUCGAAUUGCUCGUCUUGUCGGACAUCGAGUGUUCAUCAGAAGUGCAACGGACCUGAGGGAAGAGAUCCAUCGCACGUGACUCGCGACGUUCGCAGGAACGAUAUGCCAGAUCGCGCGCGAUAAGCGAGAUACUGAGAGUGAAAAUCGAAAGUUGCGAGACGGUGCAGCUCGCGCAGAAGAAAGCAGAAAGAAGCAAUCUUGCUUCGUUAUCUCGGGAAUUGCCGCGAGUUAAUUUGUGAGCGACAAGUUGGGUGCGAUCGCGUAACCUCGCUGCGACCUCGCAUCUCGCGCAACGUUAGCGCGUCACCCGUUAGAAUUCCGUUGUUUCACGUGGCAGUGGCGCAGCAACGGCGGAACGAUCUUCGUCACGAGAACACGAAGAAAUCCAAGGAACGCGAGGGUGGAUUUUCGAUCGAAGGGAUAUAUAUAAUCGAAAGAGAGAAUUCUAACCCUCGAUUCUCGCUCUCGAGUGUUUCGAAAAUGUGGCGGUCGACGAAAGACAUCACCCAGAUGGAGAAACAUGUUACAGAGGACAGCAAGUGGAAGCGGUCCCAUGACGACAACGAAUCCGCUGGCAACGUCGAUUCCGGGUUCCUGUCGGGCGGCAAUCUGCAGUACAGCGGCGAGAUCCUGAUAGAAGGGCGCCAGGAGGAGCAACCAUCAUCAUCGGAGGCAGCAUCGACGGAGACCUCGAAAGAACCAAUGAGAACCAUCGACAGCGGCGUGGACAUCGACCUCAGCGAGAGUCUGGGACGGCUCAACCUGAAGCAUGUCUGUCUAAAUCCGCUGUCCGGUGAGGGAAAUAGGAUUCAAGCCGAGCCUACGGACGUGGAGCUAGUGCCCGUAACUACCGCGAAGAAAAAUGAUGGAUCCGCACGUGGCACUCAACAGGAGCCCAGCAGCGACGAGAGGACGAAUAAUGAGGAAAACUGGCAGCUGUAUUAUACACAGAACGACGACGGUGACACGCAAUUGCACAUCGCCAUUAUACAGGGCUUCGAGAAAAUUGCACUCAGUUUGAUAAGCGUGGCACCUCACUCGUGCCUACUGAAUGUCAUGAACGACGAAUGGCAGUCACCGUUGCACUUGGCUGUGUUAACGCAACAACCGAGGAUCGUCAGACGCCUGAUAUUGGCAGGCGCGGAUCCGUCCCUCCGGAACUUCCGCGGAAACACAGCUCUGCAUCUGGCCUGCGCAAACGGAGACCUCGCUUGCACCAAGGCUCUCACUGAUCCGUUAACUUCGAUGGAAAGAAACGAGCUGACAUCUGGACAGGAAGUACCAGUCAUACCCCAGGAUCUGGAACAACGUAACUAUACGGGUCAGAUGUGCUUGCACAUAGCUGCUGCUAACGGACACAUAGAUGUGGUGAAGCUUUUAAUUCGGCGCGGUGCCGAUCUGAGGGCAAGAGAAGGUCUACAGGGAUAUACGGCCCUUCAUAUCGCGGUGCAAGGACAAUAUCGAGCAUUAUUUAAAGUAUUAUUGCUGGAAUGCGAACGUGCGUCCUGUCUGGACGUGCCAACGUAUUGCGGCAGGACGGCCUAUCAACUGGCCCAGGAGUACAAGGGACAAUUCUCUAAGGAAGCGUGCAGGAAAUUAGUACAAUGUGGUGCAACGCCAGAGCCACUGCCAGAAUCGGAUUCCGACAGCAGCGAAGAGGAGGAAACAUCGUCAUCGGCAGCGAGUUACUUGCCUGCGAUCGAUAACAUGCGAAAUGUGGUUGGAGUGAAAGUCUGAAGUAUUCAUUGAUUAGUUUAUUAAACGUGUUCAGCUACUGGAUAUUUAUUGAUCGAGAGAAAGACGAAAAGAAUGUAUGUGCUUGUGUGUUUGCAAGAUAAAUCUCGAAUCGCAUCAAUUAGGGAGUAAUUACAAUAGAAUUUCGUUAAUCAAAUGGAAGGAAAGCCAAGUUGUGUUUGCAAGAAUAAUUUUUAUAAACAUCAUAUAUAUAUAUAUAUAUAUUGUACGUAUUCCGAGAGCUCUUUAAUUAGACGGUCAAUUUAAUCAACCAAUUUAGAAAUUUCUAUGAAAAAUUGCCAUUUGAGAACGAGAAUUAAAUUAAUGAAAUUGAAUAUGCGGUUUUUCUAUGCCAACUUGUAUUUUAAAUUUUAUAGCGUUGUACAGAAUUAUAUGUGUAUGCAUGCAUAAAAUAUUUUCACAUAAAUAGGAAAUCAUGAAAUAAAACCAAAAAUUGUGUUUAACGAUAAUUGCACUGACAUAUGCAUGCGAUAUACAAAUACAGUCACAUCCACAGUUAAAUGAGGAAAUGAAAUGAUACUUUUUUAUUUUGAUUUUCAUCUUCAGUGUACAUUAUGUAAUAAAAUUAUAGAAAUGGAUCUUGAAUUUGGACAAGUAUUGUCACAGAGACAGAUACAAAGUUGUGGACUAUAAAAUUUCUAAAGUAACAUAAAAAAUGCGAUAUAUACGAGAAAAGUUUGAAAAUAAACAGUGGAUGAAAUAUGGAAGUGCGUAGAAAUCAAAGAUCUCAGAAAUAAAUUCAUGUAAUUCAGUUGACGAUUACGAUUACGAUUAUAAACGACAACAUCUGUAAGACUAGGUUCCCACGGGGCGCGAACCAUGAGCGUGAAUUAUGCUGUCCUGCUUGCCUCAAUAAUUAGAGUGCGCAGGACAGCAUGAUUUACGCUCGUGGUUCACGCCCCGUGGGAACCCGGUCUAAUACUGAUCUAGCAGUCAUUUGCUUCUUCUUUGUUUAUUAUUGACUACACUACAAUAAAUAUUAGUUGUGUAAAGUAUGAAAAUACGAGAAAACAGUGUUCAAUACUCAGCGAAAUUAACUUUUAACGACGGUAGUGUAGAUAAGGGAAUGUGUUAAAUCCGUAUUUGAGGAACGAAAUAUUAAAAAAAAGACAAUAUGUGAUAUAAUACAAAUUAUAGACGCGAAAUUGAUGCAAAAGGUGAUUUUUAAGCCUUAUAAGAUAGAUAGAGCGUCUAAUAAAUUGAAUAAAAAAUACUUAGCAUAUAAAUUAAAAAAUUAAAAUUAACAAAGUUAGAAGCAAUUUUCAAAUUUUGUAUAUAUAAGUCUUUUUUCUCACUUUUCAUAUGCGAUAUACUGCUUAUUUUAGCUCUAUAAAAAGGGAUAUAUAUCCACUUCCAUGUAUUUCAUAUCUUCGCAUCGUAAGAUUGAACAUAUAUAAAAAUAAGUACAUUGCCCAAGAAAUACAUACUAUAUUAAUAUAGCAUUUAAUUCUCUCUUAGUUUUUUUUAUUUAAAACAUAUUUAUUUUAUUAUAUGCAUUAAUGGCGAGAAGCAACUCUACUGUGAUAUUAAAUAACGAAAUUUACACGAAGGAAUUAAGUUUAGUCUCAAAUAAAUGUAAUUCAAAUUAUAUAUAAAUGUAGAAUUAUUUAUAAUUAUGACAAAAGGAAAUCUUACGAAUUCAAUGUUAAUUUAAUAAAUAUCAAAAUCGAUCCUCGAAUAAUUUCAAUAAAUAAUUGUCCCAAAAUUAAUAGAAUUCUAAUUUAGGAUCUAUCACUGGAAUAAAUUACAUUAAUAAAAAAGUCAAGAUAUAAAAGAGGUAUAUAAUUAAAAAUAUGUUCUGAAAAAUUGCAUUCAUGAAAAUUACAUUUAAUGUUAAAAUAACGUUUUAUAGAAUAUCCUUCAUAUAAAUAAUACUUCUAGAACUAACAUAACAUCUUUACUUCAGUUCAAAAAACUUUAAAUAUGUCAGGCUAAAAGAAAUAAAUCAGUCAGCAUAUUUUCAUAUUCUUGCAUUCUUUUUCAACAAAUAUUUUCAUAUCUAUGUAUCAAUUCUGUUAAAAAUCAUAUAUGAUCGAUAUUUGAUAUUUGAUUAACAGAUGAAUGUACAAAUCCUAUUUAAAUGCUCUCUAAGAGUAUGUAUAUAUAUAUAUUAUUAAAAGAAGCAUUAUUAUAUAUACAUCAUAUUCGGAACAAAUAAAUACUUUUCUAACGUUACUCGCAUUGUCGUAACAUUGAAAACAUUGUUUCUAACUCUGACAAUAUUAAUUAUUAAACUUAUAUCUACUAGGAAUACUAUAUUCUUUAUUUAAUUUAUUAUUAAGUACCAUCUAUCUUAUAGCUUGAACUCUUUUUUUUUAUCAUCUAAUAACAUAAAAUUGUAACAUAAAAUAAUUGACAUAAAAAAAGACUCAAGACAAUAUGAUAUUUACCACUACAAUAAAUAUUAGUUGAAUUAGUGUUCAAUGCUGUAAAGUAAAAUUGCUUCCAUUAGCACAAUUUAACUCCGCGUUGAUCUCUUAUGUACAAUCGUGUAUUAGAAUAUGAAUGAAUAAUCAUAUUAUUGUCAUUGUACUAUAUAUUACAUAAGCAUCUGCUAUAGAUAAUACAGAGGGGUGACAAUAUCAUUAUUGUUAUAUUUGUACAAAAAAUAUAAUUAUUUUCAAUAAAAAACAUGACACAAUUC